CAAGCAGAGCCAGGGCUACUUUGAGAAUAUCCAUACCCUUACUUAACUCGUGCUUAAAAUGUCUUGCCAGGGUGUGGUUAGCACGUGCCUUUAAAACUAUCUUUUUAAAUUUUAAAAAUAUUUAUUUGUAUGUACAUGUGGGUACUCUCAGAGUCCAGAAGAGUGUAUUGGAUCUCCUGGGUGCUGAGAACCAAACUAGAGGAGCAGCCAGUGCUCUUAACUUUAUUGAUCCAUCUCUCUAGCCCCCAAGAUGUCUUUCUGAAAAAAUAAACUCCAGUGGACUGAAGAGAUGGCUCAAUAGUUAAGAGUAUUGGCUAAUCCUCCAGAGGACCAGGUGGCUCCUAGCUGUCUGACUGGCUUCCACCACACAGUACAGACAUAUACACAGGUGAAACACCCAUAUACAUAAAAUAAUGUAUUUUUUGAGGCAGGGUCUCUCUACAUAGUCCUGGCUGUCCUGGAAUUCACUAUGUAGACCAGGCUAGCAUUGAACCGAUAUCUCCCUUCUUCUGACUCCCUAGUGCUGGGGUUAAAAGUCUGUGCUACCAUACCUGGCUCAAAAACAAAAUCAAAUAAUUCCAACUCUGCUGAGAGUGAGAAAAUGAGAGGGCAUGCCCUCAUGUCCAGCCUGGGAGGACAGGCCCUCACGUCCAGUCUGCAAGGGCAUGACCUUACGUCCAGCCUGGGAGGACAGGCCCUCACGUCCAGUCUGCAAGGGCAUGACCUUACGUCCAGCCUAGGAGAGCAGGAGCUCACAUCCAGCCUGGGAUGACAGGCCCUCACGUCAGCCUUCUGCACCUUUUGUAACCAGCUAGGAAUGUCACAGCAAGAGGUCCUGGAUCUGAGACAGGCUGUAGAGCGGGGUUAGCAAGUUCUUCAAGGUGCCAUGGAGGUAUCUGAGCUCCUGGACCUGCAGAACAAGCCCUGAGUGCAGAUGUCUUGCCUUGGUGAGGUUUGACUGUGGGUCUGGCUGAAGCAGGCUCACACCCCCUGCUUAGCAUGAGAAAGGGUGCCUGAGCUGGAAGUCAACACAGUACUGGCCACACUGGUGUCCGUGUCCCCUCCCACCUCACAGUUUCUGGGGCUCUGCCUUCUGCCCUCUGUGGGGAAGGUCAGAGUAGAAACAGGGAAGGUCUGUAGUUCUUCAGGCUCCCACUGAAUCUGCAUGGCCUUGAAUGCAUCCUGAAGGGAAGAAGGGAGAUUGGACCCCUGCUCCAUCUUGCACGAGGUCAGUGGUUCUCAAUCUGUAGGUCCCAACCCCUUUGAUGGUCAAACGACUCUUUCACGGUGGUUGCCUAAGACCGUCAAAAAACACAGACAUUACAUUAUGGGUCAUAACAGUGGCAAAAUUACACACACACAUACAGACACACACACACACAUGGUUUUUUUGAGACAGGGUUACUCUGUAGCUUUGGAGCCUGUCCUGGAACUAGCUCUUAUAGACCAGGCUGGCUUCGAACUCACAGAGAUCCACCUGCGUCUGCCUCCCAAGUGCUGGGAUUAAAGGCGUGCGCCACCACCACCUGGCUUAGAUUAUGUUUUGAUUUUGUAUAUGUGAAUUAUGUACUGUGUGGGCCCAUGUGUGCUACUGCAUAUGUGUGAGUAGGUUCUCUCCUUCCACCAUGUGGUGCUGUUACCCACUGAGCCAUCUCACUGGCCCCACACGCCUCCAGUCACACACCACGGUCACAGGACCACAUGCAACACACAGAGCAGAGAGAGAUCCUUGCCACAUACGCAUGAGCAUAGGUCCACACAUAUGAUAAUAAUCUCACACACACAAGCCUCUGACAUGCAAAUGAACAGUCACAGACACAUGGGUUAUGCAAAAGCUUACGAUGACAGCUGUGCUGAGCAGGGAUUAUACAUGUAGUGGUCAUAGUCACUGUGUUCUGUGCACGUACACACAUACGGGUUCUAGAACACCUACAUGCUGACAACCACCCCAUCUACCUGAAAGCAGAUACCCCAUAUGUAUACCAUACACCCGUCACCCCCAGUCCUCGAAACACCACUGCCCAACAUCACACACACACAAUCAACUCCAUGCUCAUCCAUACAGCUCCCUCCCAAGACUGGUCCAAGAGCGGAACAAAAGCCCAGUGCCCAUUCCUACCGGCUCCCUCUCCUCCCCUCCCCCCUGGCGUCCAGUCCCUUUGUCCUCCCGCAGCUGAGCCCAAGUGGGAGUCUAGGCGAAGCCAGAGUAAAAUCAGGAGCUCAGGCUGCUAGCAGGCAAGCAGGCGAGGCAGCAAGCGGCAGGCACGGGCUGGAGCUGCUAGAAUCUGCAAGAACAGCAGUAGCGGAAGAGGGCGUGACCAGGAUGCGGGAGACCCUGGGGCGCCAGGAGUCGGAGCCGGGCAUGGAGGCCCCGUGCGCGGCACCGUGCCACGCGCAGCGCAUCCUGCAGACACUCAACGCGUACCGGCGGAGUGGCACCCUCACCGACGUGGUGCUGCGCGCCGGCGGCCGCGACUUCCCGUGCCACCGCGCCGCGCUCAGCGCGGCCAGCGCCCACUUCCGCAGCCUCUUCGCGGCCGCCCGGCCCGAGCGUGCAGCGGCCGUGGUCCCGGUAGGACCCGAGGCGCCCGGGACGGCGGCGGCGCUGGCCGUCGUGCUCGACUACGUCUACGGCGCGGGCGUGCGAUUGUGUGCUGAGGAGGAGGCGACCGCGGUGCUGGCGCUGGCUGAGCGGCUGGGCGUGGCGGGGCUGCGCGAGGCGUGCGCUCGCUUCCUCGAGGCUCGCCUGCGGGCCGCCAACAGCCUGGCGCUGCGCCGCGUGGCCGCCACCUUCUCGCUCGCCUCCCUGGCCGAGUGCUGCGGCCGCGUGCUGCGCCAGGCCUUCGUGGAGGUGGCGCGCCAGGCCGACUUCCUGGAGCUGGCGCCGGAUGAGGUGGCGGCGCUACUAGCCGACCCCGCGCUGCGCGUGGCGCGCGAGGAGGCCGUGUUCGAGGCAGCCAUGCGCUGGGUGCGCCACGACGCGCCGGCUCGCCGCGGGCACCUGCGUCGCCUGCUGGAGCACGUGCGCCUGCCGCUGCUGGCGCCCGCCUACUUUCUGGAGAAGGUGGAGGCUGACGAGCUGCUGCAGGCCUGCAGCGACUGCCGCCCGCUGCUACUCGAGGCCAGCGCCUGCUUCAUCCUGGGCCGGGAGGCGGGCACGCUGCGGGCCCGGCCGCGGAGAUUUAUGGACCUAGCCGAAAUGAUCGUGGUCAUUGGCGGGUGCGACAGAAAGGGGCUUCUGAAGCUGCCUUUCGCUGACGCUUACCACCCAGAGAGUCGGCGCUGGACCCCGCUGCCCAGCCUGCCUGGGUACACACGCUCUGAAUUUGCCUCCUGUGCACUUCGAAAUGACAUUUACGUUUCUGGAGGUCACAUCAACAGCAGAGAUGUCUGGAUGUUUAGCUCCCAUCUGCACACCUGGAUCAAGGUUGCCUCCAUGCACAAGGGCAGGUGGAGGCACAAGAUGGUGACCCUGCAGGGACAGCUCUUUGCAGUGGGUGGUUUCGAUGGCCUGCGGCGCCUGCGCAGCGUUGAGCGCUACGACCCAUUCUCCAACACCUGGGAGGCCACGGCGCCCCUGCCGGAGGCCGUGAGCUCUGCAGCGGUGGCGCCCUGCGCUGGUCAGCUCUACGUGAUUGGGGGCGCUGGACAGGACGGUGUCAACACUGACAAGGUGCAAUGCUUUGACCCCAAGAAGGACCAGUGGAGUCUGCGGUCACCAGCACCCUUCCUGCAGCGGUGUCUGGAUGCCGUCUCCCUGGAGGACACCAUUUACGUGGUGGGCGGUCUCAUGAGUAAGAUUUUCACCUACGACCCUGGCACCGAUGUCUGGGGAGAGGCAGCCGAGCUGCCAGGCCCUGUGGAGAGCUGUGGCGUGACGGUGUGUGACGGGAAGGUCUACAUUCUUGGUGGGCGGGAUGGACAUGGGGAGAGCACCAAAAGCGUGUUCACCUUUGAUCCUAGCAGUGGGCAGGUGGAAGCCCAGCCAUCACUGCAACGCUGUACCAGCUCGCACGGCUGUGUCACCAUUGUCCAGAGCCUGAGCCAGGAGGAAAUUAGGGCACGGCAGUUGACUCUUCCUGGAACUUCAUGUGAAUAG